AUGAACAACAACAACAACAACAACAACAACAACAACAACAACAACAACAACAACAACAACAACAACAACAACAACAACAACAACAACAACAACAACAACAACAACAACAACAACAACAACAACAACAACAACAACAACAACAACAACAACAACAACAACAACAACAACAACAACAACAACAACAACAACAACAACAACAACAACAACAACAACAACAACAACAACAACAACAAAUUGCAACAAUGA